CCCUGCCCUCUCGGGGUGGUGUUCCUCCCGCCCGGGGACCUCCACGCCUGACUGCAGGGGCCCGGCGGCCGCCGAAGAGCGUGGCUCCUCACCGCCCACGCGGAGGCGGCCGCAUGGAGGUGGCCGAGUGGACCGCCCAGGGAGCCCCCAACCACACGCUGGCGCGCCUGCUGCAGGACUCAGCGGAGGGCAGGAACGGCAGCAGCGCCCCCCGGGCCCUGCGGCUCCCGGACGGCACCAGCGCCGCCUGGUACAUCCUCACCAUCAUCGGCAUCUACGCCGUGGUCUUCCUCUUCCGCCUGGCCAGCAACAUCCUCAGGAAGAGCGACAAGUCCCUGGAGGACAUUUACUACCUGAACCUGACCUCCGAGCUCAAACAGAAAGGGCUCCGGAGCCGGGCAGCCCACGGCUCCACGCUGACCAUCGGCAACGCGGCCGCUUUGCCGCCCCGCCAGGCCGGCCCAGGGCCCAGGCGCGGGGACAGCGGGCCCCACACGGAGAUCUAGGGCAUCCCUCAAAGGCAGGGCAGCCAGGCUGCCACAGAGGCCCAGCUGCCUGCGGGGGUGGAGGGGAGGGAGGGCUGGAAGGCGUUGACCAGAGCCAGCAUCCCGUGUCCUCUCGGCCUCGGGGCAGGAGCUCCCGGCCACGGGGUCCCGUCAGUAGAGAAGCGUGUGUUCCAGGAAGGGCUCGGGGCAGCCACGACCUCGGAGCUGGGAGACCCCUGGGCCCGUGAGGGGCCUUUGUCACCGAGAGAAGGCUGAGUCUGGCGUCCGGAGCCCUGGAGGAAACUCAGCUUUAGGGGCCACAGGAACUUUGGGGGCAGGGGGCUCACCUGGGACACGUGGGGUUGGGAUAUCUGGUCCCAAAGGGUCAGUCCUUCUGAAGCCCCCGGCCGGAAUGUAGAGCCAAAGUAGUUAACACAGAAGCUGGUGGGAAGGUCUUCGAUUUCGUUGAUGUAUGUGUCCAUGAAAUAUAUACGUUCCCUGACCCACCGCUUUGGUGUGGACCUUAGUUUCGUUACAGAUAAAAUGAGGGUGAUGGCGCCAGUUCUUCAAACCUUACAGAGUGCGUAAGAGCUAAUGGGAUCAUGUAUGCGAAUAUAUUUUGAAAAGUAAAAUAAAUACAUCAUUAUAA